AUGAUAGCUAAUUCGAGACGUUCUAUAAUAUUUAUUUCAUGUGGACUUAUUGCUGCUAUUCUAGUUUCUACCGCGAUAGUGAUAUGGAUUUACCAGCCACAGUCAAACAGCAACAACAACAGAAUAGAGACAGUAACAAAGGAUAAAAUUAAAACAUUACCUUAUGUAAAAUCAAAUUUGAUCUUCAUAAAGUAUAGAAUGAAGAUAUCUUACAUUGAUAAAUAUAAUCUGAGUGACAAUGAUAUUGAAAUUAAAGGUAAAGUUCUAAAUGAUACUUUUGAAGAUGAUCUAACUCAGGAAGACAACCUACGCGAAAUUUGUGCUGUAGGGAUCAAACUAUUGCGAAAUUAUUUACUUGAUCCAAAAAUAACUGAUUAUUUAACCGCAACCGGUAAAAUUGUUGAUAAGGUUUUGACGCAAACUAAUAGUAUAAAUGCGAGUAAAACUUUUGGAACUGAUAAAGAAUGGGAACUAUAUAUCGUCGAUAUACCUCAUUUAAUGGCCAUGUAUGAUUUAAUUGUCGAAGAAGAUAGCUCUAAUACUAAUAGGUUAACUGAAUGCCAUAAAUAUAUUAAUAGAGUUAUAACAUCUAAACUGGAACCAGCCUGCUCCAAAUCUACUCCAUCUAAGAUUGAUUUUAUAAAAAUUAGUACACCUUAUUUGCUAAUGAAUUACAAACGAUCACUUAAAGAUGAGACCUGUGUAAAUUUAUACGAAGAAGCUACAAAAAAUAAGAAUUUAGAAUUAUUGAAUCGGUAUUUAUCGUAUGAUACUAGUGAAGAUGUAAAACAAAAACAUGGCGUCUUUCGGGUCGAUGGCGACACUAUGUUCAGUAAUAAACAAGCUGAAGCCUAUAAGUGCUUUGUCUUGAUGAAUAACAUUAAAUAUAAAGACUUGUACAUUGCUGUUUAUGAAACGCUUGACCUUUCUGGAAAUGUCUACAAGUCGUAUAUGUCAUUAGUAGCACUUCUUGAUGAAAUAAAUCGGGCAAGAACUUCUGAGAUUUAA